AUGAGACCAAGUUCUCGAUAAAGACCUAUAUCAUUGACAACUAGAUAUCAAACUCCUUAAAGAACACCAUAAAGAUUUAGUAAAGAGGUAUAUUUUUAGAGGAAACUUAAACAUUUCACUUUUGAUUUGAGUUCUUCUUUAAUUAAUGAAUGUAUUCCUAUAAAAAAGUAAUUGAAACCAACAAUUCAUAUUUAAUAGCUGGGCAAUAGAAUUAAAAAAUUUGCAUAUUUGCCAUUAAAUUUAUUUGAAGAUAGUUCUUUUGACAGAUUUACUAAUGAGGAUUUAUUUUUGAAAAUAUAAAAAUCUGGUUCAAUCAAUGCAUUCAUUCUCAAUAAUCAGAAUGAAUUUAUAGAAGGGAAGAUCAUUGAUUAUAAUCAUCAAACUUAAUUAUUUAAUUAUUAGAGCAAUGAUUAAUUUGGAGAAAUUUCAAGACUUUAUUUUGUUUGUGAUUUUGAAAAUGUUAAAAUGUAUGUAUAAAAAUUUGAGAAAGCUUUGAAUGAUCGAGAAGCAAUGGAUAGUAUAUUAAGAUAUAAUUACUAUAUUGAUAAUAUGUAAACUUAAGAUAUUCCUGAAUUGUCAAUAGAUAAGAUUUAGAGAAUUCAAAGAUUGAUAGGAAAAGUUGAAUAAGGACAUGUUAUUUAAAUUAAUGCUCAUUAUAAGAGAAUUCAAAAUGAAAUGUAAUUAAAUUAAUAUUUGAAACAUAAUAAAGAUGUAUUGAAUUUCAAAUUGGCUAUUAAAGUGUAGAAAAAUGUGAUACCAGAAUUUGGUAAAAUUUAAUUAAAUUUUAAUGAAAUAAUGAUAGUUCAUAGAGAUUUUGUUGAUUAUUAAUAAACAUCAUUUGAAAUAGUUAAGAAAAAAUUCUAAGAAUUAUCUUUAUUUGUUUUACCUGAGUUGAUUAAAUCAUUUUUCUAUAUAAAUGAAUUAAACAAUCAUAUAUGUUCACUUGAAUUACUUUAUUGGGAUAAAAAAGCUUAUUCCAUUUUAUAAUUAAAAGAAAAGCAAGAUCAAUUAGCAAAUCGCUAAUUUAAGGUUAUCUCGAAAUGGAGUGAAAGAAUAAAAAGUAUAAUGAAGGAUGGUCUUUAAGAAUUAGAAUAGAGAGGUGUGAUUUUAUAGGAGAAUCGUUUAAAGAGAAUAAUUUAAGUUAUAAGAAUAAAAUAAUUAGAAUCUCUGUAGAAAUUAAUAGUUGAUAAUAUUAGAAAUUUUAGAUUAAAUUUUCUUAAAAAGAAAUAGAGUGUAUUUUAAAUAUCAGUAGGAUAUUUUGGUGGUUUUUAAUAUUCAUUUGAUGUAUUAGAAAUUACAAAUAUUUAUUGUAAUAGUUUAGCUAAUUAAUUAUUGGAAUUGAGUAAGAUUAGAGAUCCUGAAUGUAUUAUGAAUAUAUCAUAUCUUAUGUAUUUAUAAUGCAUUUCAUAUAAUGAUUAAUUAAUUUAAGAUUUUGUUGAAGAAUUAAAUUUAUCAGUAUAAAGAAUAAAUAAUAAAUUAAUAGAUCAUUUAAAAAAGUAUAUGAAAUAUUAAUAUAUUUUUGAAUGGAAAUUAGAAGAUUUUGUAAAAGAUUGUAGUACUCAUGAUGAUAUUUUUGAUCUUUAAUUAUUUAAAUAAUAGAUAUUAAAUUUAUCAUCUUUAUAGAUAUAAUUAACUAAGGAAAUAGCUCCAACUGAUUGGGUAUCUAUUUUUAUAAUUGAUAAUACACAUCUAUUAUUUUAAAUUAAUUAACUUUUAGAAAAAAAUAUCCAUUAAAUGAUGGAAUAUAUAUCAAGUUUAGCAAAUAAUUAAAUAAAGGAUACUACUUUAUAAUAUUAAAAACUUAUGUUAAUGAUUAAGAAAUAGAAUAAUGAUAUAAUUGGAUUGGAAAAUCAUAGAAAUUUUUUGAUUCAUGGAGUUAAUGAUCAUAUUCAUUAAUUAGAAAUGAAUAUUAAAAAUACUCUUAAGGUAUAUGAAACAUUGGAUGAAUUAUCAUAUAUAAGUUCAUCUGAGUAGAUGAAAGAGAGAUGGAAUUUGAUAUCAUAUGUUAAUAUGUGUAAAUAAUAGAUAAAUGAAAGUUUAGAAGAAUUAAUGGAGAAGAGAAUUUAAUAAAAAUAUGAUUUUUAAUAAGAAUUAUUACAUUUCAAAUAUACUAUAGAUGAUUCAGAAAGAAAAAUUAAUAAUUUUAUUAAGAAUUUUAGUGUGAAUUAAUAAAAUGAUUAGACAUUUAUGAAAGAAUUAUUAGAUCUUAAAUAAUAAGCAAUUUUAAUGAAUUAAUAUGAAAUAGUUUUUAAUUUAUAAUAGAGUAAUUUUGGUAAAAUAGAUUUCAUUAUUUAAUAAUUAUAACCUUUAGAGAAUUUAUUAAGAUUAAUGAAAUAAUGGAAUAAUAAUACUUGGAUGUAAAUGAAGAUAAAUGAAUUAAAUACAAAAGAAAUUUAGGAAUUUACAGAGAAUAGUUUAAUUGAAUUAUAAUAAAUAUUAGUAUUUUCAAAUGAAAAGAAGAUGUCAUCAAUUACAUAAUUAGCAUAAUGUUUAUUAUUAGAAAUAAAAGAAUUUAGUCCUCAUUUACCAUUAAUAUUAGCAUUAACAGAACCUGGAAUGAGACAAAGACAUUGGGAUUAAUUAAAUAAUUUAAUUAAUUAAUAAGUAGAUUAUGGAAGUAAACCUUUAUAAGAUUUAUUAAAUCUUUUUAAUGAAGAUAUUUGUAAAUAAGUAAUAAAAAUUAGUUUAAUUGCAAAAUAAGAAUUGAUUAUUGAGUAGACAUAUCUAUAAUUAUGCAAUGAUUUUCAUAAUUUAACUGCUUAGAUUAUUAAACCUAGAGUAUAAUUACAAAAUUUAUAAUUUAAUAAAUUAAUUAAUCUUGAUUAAUUAUUAUAAAAAUUAGAUGAUUCUUUAUGUUCAUUAAGUAUUAUUUUGUAAUCUAAAUAUCAUGAUCCUUGGAAAUAAGAAUUAGCUUAAUUAGAAAAUUAAAUGAUAUAUACAUAAACUAUUGUUUAAUAAUUUGAUUAGAUGUAAUAAUUGUUUUCAUAUAUACAUCCAGUAUUUUUGUAAAAUGAUUUAUAAAAAUAAUUACCUAUUGAAGUUACUAGAUUUAAGAGUGUAGAGAAAUUUUGGAAAAUGUCAACUAAUGAAUUCUCAGGAUAAUAGAUAUAUAAGUAUAAAUCUAAUUAAAUUGAAGAAUAAAUACAUAAAUUAUAAAUGAUAGAAAAAUCAUUAAGUAAUUAUAUUGAUAAAAAGAGAGAAAUAUUUUAAAGAUUUCAUUUUCUAUCUAAUUAAUAAAUCUUACUCAUUUAAAGUAAAUCUACAAAACCUAAUGAUUUUAUUGAUUAAAUAUUUCUAUUUAAUAAAGUUGAAAUUGAUGAAGAUGGAAUAAUUUAAUUAUAAAUAUAAGAUAAAUUUGGUAAAGUAAUUGAAUGGUUGAAUAUAGAUACUAUUAAGAUCUAUUCCAAAAAUGUAGAAGAUUGGUUACAUGAUCUAAUUUAAGUAAUGAGAAAAACUUUAAAAAAUUAAAUAUUAAAAUCUACAAAAAGUAAAUAAAUUAAAAUUCUAAUGGAAAAAAUAGAGUGGACAUAACAUUUAGAUGAUUAAUUUAAAGAUUAUAAAAAUAAAAGAAAUUACAAAUAUAAGCAUUUAUCAUAAAUUUCACCUGAUAGUUUUGAAUAUCAAAUUUAAUUGAAAUAUUAUUUAAAUGAAAACUAAGAGAUUAUUAUUUAAUUUCUCAAUUAUAAAUUUUAAUAUGAUUAUGAAUUUCUUUAGGAUAGUGAUUUGUUUAUUGAAACUCCUUAAACUGAUAGAUGUUAUGCAAAUUUGGCAUUUGCUAUAAGUACUUAAUUUGGAUCAUUUCUUUAUGGAAAUAGUGGUAAAAUAGAAACAAUUAAACAAUUUAGUAAUUGCUUAGGAAAGUACUUUAUUGUAAUGAAUGCAGAAUUAAGUAAUUAUUAAAUUCUUACUCAUCUUUGUAAAGGAGUAAGUGCAACAGGAUCCUUCUUUGCUUUGACCAAAUGUUCUGAAGUAUGUUUAAAUUAGUAAAUUAGAUGAAAUUAGAUUUAUUAUCCAUAUUUGUUCAGUUAGUAAAAGUAUUAUACUUUGCCAUACGUAAUUCUCUUCAUUAAAUUGAAUUAGAAGGUUCCACAAUUAAAGUUGAACCAACCUUCUCUUUCUUUUUAAUUGGUGGUACUAAAAAUACAAUUAAUUCUGAAAUAAGAUAUUAUUUUAGACCUAUCUAUUUUUAGAAAAUAGAUUUAUCUAUUUUUAUAGAUUUUUUAUGUUAAGAAUAUGAAUUACAUGAUUCAAUAACAUAACUUAAAUAAUUUGUUUAUCUUUAUCAAUCAAUAAAAAGGUGUGAUAUUUCUAUGUUUAAGAUAAAAUAAAUUAUUAAAUAAUCUAUUACUGAUGGAAUGUACAAUGCCAUAUCAAUAAAUUUCUAAGAACCAGAAUUUUAAGAUAUAAUUCAUUCCAUAUGGCCAAAAUAAGAGGAAAUCAAACCAUAAUUAAAAGAUCUAUUACUUAAUAAUUGUUAUAUAUUAUUAUUUGGAGAAUCUUUAACAGGUAAAUCUUUAUAAAUUAGUUAACUAUCUAAUUAUUAAAAAAUUUACUUAUCUUCUUAUCCAUUAAAUUAUUUCUUUGGAUCUUUCGAAUCUGAUGGUAUUAUAUCAUAAAUAUUAAAUAAAAUUGGAAAUAAUAUUUUAGUUAUAGAUAGUGAAUUAGAUGAUAAAUUAAUUGAAUUGUUUCUUCCAUUAAUUUUAUUCUAAUAAAUUAGAUUUCCAAAUGGUAAAUCUUUACAAUUAAAUAAUUAAAUCAUUUUUGAAACUCCUACUAUUUCCAAUUUAUCACCAAAUGUAGUUACUAAACUAUCUAACUUAUAUUUAAGUGGAAAUGCAAUUUAAAUACCAAAAUAUGCUUAAAAUUAUUGUUGUUUGGCUGGUAUGUAUAAAAAUCCUAUUAGUAAUAAAUAAUAAUUACAUAUUUAUUAAUAGAUAUUAAAAAAGAUUUAAGGAUAGAGUACACCUGAAUUUGAAGCUGUAUUUGCAGCUACUUGGGCAUUUGGAUCUGCAUUAUCAGAAGAAUUACGUAUGUUACUCAAUAGACAUAUCAAAGAAAUAUGGUAAUAAGAUGAGAAUAAGAGUGUAGAUCCUUUAUCAUAUGAUAAUCUAUUUGAAUAUAUUCUUGAUGGAGGUGAAUUAGUAUAAAGUGAAAAAGGAACUUAUAUUACAAAAUUAUUAGAAUUUAUACCACAUAUAAUAUUGUAUGGAAAUUCUGGAUCUGGAAAGAGUUAUUAUUUAUAAAAUCCUUUUACAGUGAACUUGAAUUCUAAAAGUUCUGAUCUUCAAAGUUAUUUAUAAAGUAAAUUGAUUAAAAAAAGAAAUGGUGUUUAUUCAAUAGGUAAAGUAUAUAUUGAUGAUAUCCAUUUAUUAAAUUAUAAUUCAAUUGAAUUUUUAAGAGAAUUGACUGAUAAUCAUGGGUAUUAAAAUGUAAAAUUAAUUGAUUUAUAAUUAAUUAUGUCAUCCUAAAAUAUUAUAGAAAAUAGAUUUCUCAAAUAUUUUGUAACUUAUUAUUGUGAAUCUUAUACUCAUUAAACAAUAUUUUAAAUACUUUAACAAAAUUAAAUUUAAAAUAGUGAAGAAUUGAUAUCUAUUUAUAAAAAUGCAUAAUAAUUCUUUAUUAAAAAUUGUAGACGAUUACAAAUAACAUGUUGGGAUAUAUGGAGAUCAAUCUAAAAUAAUAAGAAUGAUCCCACUUAAUUUUUAAUGUAAUCCAUUUUUAAUAGGAUAGAUGAAGAUGAUUUAAAAAUAACUUGGGUUAAUUAAUAAAAACUUUUUAAAUUUGAGGAUUAGUAAGAAGAUCAUAACAAUUUAUAAAUGGAUGGUUUAAUUAAAUUUUAAGCCAAUAAAAAUAUCCUUAAAUAUUUAAUCUAAUUAAUGAGUAAUUUUCCAUCGAAUAACAAACUUAUCUUAUAUGGUCCAUUAGGAGUAGGUAAAAAGACAAUUUGUAAAUUGGCUUGUAAUAUAACAAAAUUAAAUUAUAUAACUGAUAUGAAUAGUGAGAUUAUGUAAAAUUCAGUUUUAAUUUUGGAUAAUCCAAAUAUUAAGGAAAUAAGUUAAUUGAUUAAUUAAAAUAUUAAUGUGAUAUUAAUAAUGACUACUGAAUAUUUAGAGAAGUGUAUUAGUAAAGCAAAUUUCAUUUAUAAAUUUUAAUUUUUAUAUUUUGGUGAUUGGCCAGAAGAUGCCUUUUAGAAUAAUGAGAUUGGAAAUAUUAUUUAUAAAUAUAUGAAAGAGAAAAAAUAAUAUACUAUUUCACCUUAAUCUUUUGUGAAAUAUAGUGAAUUAUAAGAGAAAUUGUAUAAAGAGAAAGAUGAACAAUUAAAGAUAAGAAUAAAUUAAUUAUCUAAUGGAUUAUAAUUAUUGUAUUCUGCAUAAUAAUAAAUAAAUUUAUUGAAUAAUAAAUUGAAUCAAAUCAGACCUAUUUUAGAAUAAGCUGUAAAAGAUACUUAAGAUUUUGUCAAAGUACUUUAAGAAGAAUAACAGAAAUCAUAGGCAAUAAGAGAUUAAGUUUUAGAAGAUGAAUAGAUUGCUGAAUUGGAAUAGAACAAGGCUUCUUAAUUGUAAGAAACAUGUAAAUAGAGAGUGUCAAAAGUUAAUGUAGAAUUAGAAUAGACACUAUAAGAAGUCUAAAAGUUGAAAAAAGAUCAUUUAGUUGAAAUCAAGUCUUUAGUUUAACCUACUAGAGCAGUUAAAGUGAUUCUUGGAGGAGCUGUAAUAUUAUUAUAAGAUCAUUUCAAGUAUACUGGAAAUUAAGAUGAUUAUUUUGAAAUAGCAAAGAAAUAUUUAUUGAAUGAUGUAAAGGAAUUGUUAGAUCUAUUGAAAAAUUAUAAUAAGGAUUAGAUAAAAUAAUAUAUGGUAUAAUAAUUAGAAUCAAAAAUUAUUAAUGAUACUGAUUUUACAUUGGAAAGAGCUAAAUAAUGUAGUUUAGCAGUUAAAUAUUUAUACAGUUGGGUUAGAGCUAUUUAUGAUUAUCAUAAAGUAUAUAUGGAGACUUAACCUAUAAGAGAUGAAUUAGAAGAGAGUUAUCGAAGUUUGAAAGAGAAAACCUUUAAUUUAGAGUAAAAGAAGAAGGAAGUCUAAGAAAUUAAUUAAAAAUUAGAAUAAUGUGAAUUUUAAGUUAAGGAGAAAUAAAAUGUUAAGAUAUAAUUAGAAUAGUAAAUAGAGGAAUGUCAAACUAAAAUAAAGAGAUCUUUGAAAAUGAUUGAAGGAUUUAAGGAGGAGUAAAAGAGAUGGACAAAUAUAAUAUAUUAAUUAAAGGGUGAAUAAACUCGUAAUGAAGGUGAUAGUAUAAUAGCUACAACAUUGAUUAUUUAUGGUGGACCAUUAGUUAAAGAAGAUAGAAAUUAAUUGUAUACUUACUUGUAUAAAGUUUUAAAAGAUGCUGAAGUUAAAUAUUCAGAGAAGAGUUCUUUAAAUAAUUAUUUUAAUGAGGAAAGUGAUAAUUUUAUUUAAGAAAAUGCCAAUAUUCUUAAAUUUUAAUAUAAACCUUUGAUUUUAAUUGAUCCUUAGAAUUUAGGUAGAUAAUAUCUUACAGAAAAAUAUCAUUAUAAAGUAUUGAGUGAUUUAAAAAAAAUAUAGAAUCAUAUAUAAUUAAAAUAACCUUUUUAUAUUGAUAUUACUGAUAAUAUAGAAUUAUUACAUAAUGAUUCAAAGAUGAUUCACUUUACUCAUGAAUAGAAUGCUAAAUUUUAAGAUCAGAUUUACAUCAAUUAUUAGAUCAUUAAUUAUACUAUUACAUAAGAAGCUCUUGUUGAAAAAUUACUUAAAUGUUUAAUUGAAGUUGAAAAUCCAACAUUAGAAUUAAAGAAAUAACAUAAUCUUGAUCUAUGUAUUCAAGAUAAGAAAUAACUAAAUGAAAUUGAAAAUUAAAUAUUAAUCACACUAUAAAACUAAAAAUCAAUUGAAGAUAUACUCAAUAAUGAAAUUAUGAUCAAUUAAUUACAUAAUUCUAAAUAAUUAUAUGAAGAAACAACUAAAAGAAUUGAUAUGGCUAAAAGACUUAAUGAAGAUAUAGAUCUAAGUAGAGAUUAAUAUAGGAUUUUAGCAUAAUAAAUAUCAUUAAUCUUUAUUAAUAUUUCAAAUCUAUAAAGAAUGAAUCCAAUCUAUUAAUAUAGUUUAGAUUGGUUUCUUAAAUAACUUAUUUAAUAAAGUAGUAAAGUUUAAAGAUAGAAUGAUAUUGCAUUAAAUAUCUAAUUAAUUAAAGCAUAAUUUUAUAAAGGAAUUAUCAAUGAAGUUAGUCAAUUACUUAAUGAAGAAGAUCGAUUAAUAUUUUGCUUCUCUAUUUCUCUUGAUAUAUUAAUUACAAAAGGUUUAAUUACUAAAGAAGAAUUAGAUGCAUUUUUAGGUUGUUAGAAUCCAUAAUUACCUCCUUAAUUUAAAAUAGGUUGUAAUCCAUGUAUCUUUAUAGAUGAUAGUGAAUGGCCAUCAAUCAAAGUUAAAUUAUACUAUCUAAAUAAACUCUAAGCAUUCUAAAACAUAUUAGAAACUGUUGAAGAUUAUCCAAAUUAAUUUAAGUCAGUAUACUUACACUAAACAUUUUCUAUUGAAUAAUAAAAAUUGACUUCUUUCUAAAAAUUGUUAUUAACACUUGCUUUUAGACCAGAUAAAGUUAUUCCCAUGAUGAUUAAUAUUAUAGAAUAAUAAUUGUAGUUAAAAUAUCAAAUCAUUAAAACUAAUAUUAAUGAAAUAUAAUUUGAUUCCAAAACUCCACUUUUCAUUUUUAAUGAUAGUAAAUCAUAUAGUAAAUUGAGUGUUACUCUAGGAGAAGGAUAAAACUCUAAAGCUGAAAGAAUAUUAAGAGAUUCAUUAGAAAAUGGUUACACACUUGAAUUUUUAAAUUGUUAAUUUGGUACUUAAUUCCUAAGUUUAGUUGAAUAAAUUCUUGAAGAAAAUUAAGCACAUCCUAAUUUUAAAUUGAUAUUAUAAGCCAAAAAUUGUAAAUCAUUUCCUAUUUCAUGGCUCAAUCGAACAAUCAAAGUAGGAUAUUCAUAGACUAAUAAUAUAAUAUCAUUACUUACAGAUUAAAUAGAAUCUGAAGAUAAAUUAGAUCAUCCUUAAUUCUUUAGUUUGAAUCUUUUCUAAGCUAUUUAUAAUUUGAGAAAUGCCUAUGGAUAUUGUAAACAUUAAUUUCAUGAAAGUGAUUUAAAAUUAGCUUUGUCAGAUUAAUUACACUUUUCUAAAGAACUAAUUUACUAAAGCUAAUUAACUGAAAAUGAAUUCGAUUUAUUUAAUACUCUAUACAAUAAGACUGUUUGUUAAUAAUCUUUAAGAGAAGGCUUCAUUUAUAUGGGAGGUGAAUUAAAAAUGAUUAAAUCAGACAAAUAAGGUUAUUUAUAGUAUUUAAGAGAAUUAGGAUAAGUUAAUGAUUUUAAUUGUAUUGGAUUGAAUUCAAACAUUUAAAUACUCAUUUAGAAUGAUCUAAUGAAAAGAGUACAAUAAAAUAUUUAAUUGAUGUAAGGAUCUGUUAAGAAUAAUCAAAAUAUAUUAGAAUAAUUGGAAAAGUUGGAGAGAUAUACUCCUCUUAAAUUAUCUGAAGUAAAAAGUGAAUCAAUUUAUGACUUAUAUUAUUAAAUAGAAAAAGAUUAAUUUAAUUAACUUAUAAUUAAGAUAAUAGAUGAUGUUAAAGCAAUAUCUGAAUAUAUAAACGGUGAAUCAUUAACUACAAGACUUGAAUAAAUUAUAUAAAAAUUACAAUUAGAUUAAGUACCUGAAGAGUGGUUUGAAUUAGGUGAAGUUAAUAUUAAAUAAUUUAGUUUAUGGCUUAAUAAGAUAUUUGAAAAAGGUUAAUUCUUUUCUAAAUGGAAUAGUUAAAAAUAUUAUAAUUUGAGUUAUUUUAAGAAUCCUAAACAUUUUUUAAAUUUAAUAAAAUUGGAUUAUGCAUUAAAAGUUAAUUGUAGUUUAGAUGAGAUAGUAUUUAAGUAGAUAUUUUUAAAAGAACAUCAUUUAGAAAUAUAAAAGAAACCAGAUAAUGGAGUUUAUAUAUAAGGUUUAAAGGUUCAGGGUGCAAAAUAUAAUGAAGUGACAUAAAAGAUGAAAGCUUUGGGACAUUUAGAAUUUUAGAGUGAUUUACCUGUUUUACAUUUGAUACCAAUUUAGAAAUUAGAUUUAUAGAUUGGAACAGUUUUUCAUUGUCCAAUAUUAAGAAAUGAAGAAUUAGUUGAAUAUUUAUAUUUUGAAACUCAAGAUCCAUUGAUCCUUCUGUCUGUACAGAUUAAGCUUUUGUGA